AUGUCAGGCUCUUUCUGGCUCCUUCUCAGCUUUGUUGCUGUUACUACUGCUCAGUCCACCAAUGAUCUGGCGGAGGCCUUUAUGAACAACUUCAACCAAGAAGCUGAAAACCUAUAUCAUCAAAGUUCACUUGCUUCUUGGGAUUAUAACACCAAUAUUACCGACGAGAAUGCCCAAAAGAUGAGUGAAGCUGGGGCCAGAUGGUCUGCCUUCUAUGAAGAACAAUCUACACUUGCCAAAAAAUUUUCACUACAAGACAUUUCAAAUUCCACAAUCAAGGUUCAGUUGCAGAUCCUUCAGCAAAGUGGGUCAUCAGCGCUGCCGGCAGACAAGAGCAAACGGUUGGACACAAUCCUAAACACAAUGAGCACCAUCUACAGUACCGGAAAAGCUUGUAAUCCAAGCAAUCCACAGGAGUGUCUAUUACUUGAACCAGGCUUGGAUCGCAUAAUGGAAAACAGCACUGACUAUGACCAGAGGCUCUGGGCGUGGGAAGGCUGGAGGUAUGAGGUCGGCAGGCAGCUGAGGCCACUAUAUGAAGAAUAUGUGGACUUGAAAAAUGAGAUGGCAAAAGAGAAUGGUUAUGAGGACUAUGGGGAUUAUUGGAGAGGAGAUUAUGAAACAAAUGACUAUAAGCGCAGCCAGCUGAUUGAAGAUGUGGAGCAUACCUUUGAAAAGAUUAAACCAUUAUAUCAGCAGCUGCAUGCCUAUGUGAGAACAAAGUUGAUGAAUACCUACCCUCAGCGAAUCAGUCAGACUGGCUGUCUUCCUGCCCAUUUGCUUGGUGAUAUGUGGGGUAGAUUUUGGACAAAUCUGUACCCUUUGACAGUCCCCUUUGGACACAAACCAAACAUAGAUGUUACUGAGGAAAUGGUGAAACAGGGCUGGGAUGCAAUAAAGAUAUUCAGGGAGGCAGAGAGCUUCUUUGCGUCUGUUGGCCUCCCUAAUAUGACUAAAGGAUUCUGGGAAAAUUCCAUGCUAACUGAGCCAAAGGACGGCCGGAAAGUGGUCUGCCACCCUACAGCCUGGGACUUGGGGAAGGAUGACUUCAGGAUCAAGAUGUGCACAAAAGUGACAAUGGAUGACUUCCUGACAGCCCAUCAUGAGAUGGGACACAUUCAGUAUGACAUGGCAUAUGCCAGACAACCCUUCCUGCAAAGAAGUGGAGCGAAUGAGGGGUUCCAUGAAGCUGUUGGAGAAAUCAUGUCACUCUCUGCUGCCACACCUAAGCAUCUGAAAGCCAUUGGCCUCCUGCCACCUGACUUUCAAGAGGACUCUGAAACAGAAUUGAACUUCCUACUCAAACAAGCGCUCACGAUUGUUGGAACCCUGCCCUUUACUUACAUGCUAGAGAAAUGGAGGUGGAUGGUCUUUAAAGGUGAAAUUCCCAAAGAGCAAUGGAUGAAAAAGUGGUGGGAGAUGAAGCGAGAGAUAGUUGGGGUUGUGGAACCUUUGCCUCAUGAUGAAUCUUAUUGUGACCCUGCAGCUCUGUUCCAUGUUGCUAAUGACUACUCAUUCAUCCGAUAUUACACAAGAACCAUUUAUCAGUUCCAGUUUCAAGAAGCUCUUUGUCAAGUGGCUAAACAUGAAGGUCCCUUGCACAAAUGUGACAUCUCAAAUUCCACAGAAGCAGGGAAGAAGCUGCUUGGGAUGUUGAGCCUUGGAAAAUCAGAACCCUGGACUUUUGCAUUGAAAAGUGUUGUAGGAACUGAUAAAAUGGAUGUGAGCCCACUGCUUAACUACUUUGCACCCUUGUAUAAGUGGCUGACUGAGCAGAACAGAAACUCUUAUGUGGGCUGGAACACCGACUGGACUCCAUAUGCUGACGAAACCAUCAAAGUGAGGAUAAGCCUAAAAUCUGCUCUUGGAGACAAAGCGUAUGAAUGGAAUGCCAAUGAAAUGUACUUGUUCUCCUCGUCUAUUGCAUAUGCCAUGAGAGAGUAUUUCUUAAAAGUCAAAAACCAGACGAUCAGUUUUGGAGUGGAAGAUGUACACGUGACUGAUAAGCAGCCAAGAGUCUCCUUCAAGUUCUUCAUCACCAUGCCGAAAAACCAGUCAGACAUCAUUCCUAAAACUGAAGUUGAAGAGGCCAUAAGGAUGUCCCGUGGCCGUAUCAACGAUGCUUUCCGCCUGGAUGACAACAGCCUGGAGUUUGUGGGGAUUCAGCCGACACUGGUCCCCCCUUACGAGCCCCCUGUUGUCAUCUGGCUGAUUGUUUUCGGAGUUGUGAUGGGAGUGGUGGUGAUUGGCAUUAUCGUCCUGAUCGCCACCGGGAUCCGAGAUCGAAGAAAGAAAGCGCAAGCAAGCGGUGAAGAAAAUCCUUAUGCCACCGUGGACAUCAGUAAAGGAGAGAACAAUGCAGGAUUCCAAAGCACCAAUGAUAUCCAGACCUCAUUUUAG